CUUUUAACCAUGAGGAUGAGGCGCUUUGAAACUUUCUGCCUUUUCUUCAUCUCAACUUUUUGCGCCUGUCGCAUUCAAAUUUGUCUUUUGGGUUUUAUCACUUUGUCUGUCUCCAAUAGUCAAGAGUAAUUUUUAUUGAUCAUUUUAUUCAAGACAGUAUAUAAUAAAGCGCCCGCAACACAAUAUGUCCGGUUUUCAGAUUCCCGGCCUCGGACAGGCCAAACCCAACGAGACUCUUCCGCCCAUGCCCGCCGAUGUUCUUGCUGCUGCCGCAAGCGUUCAAGAUACCGAGAUUACAGAUGCUGCUCCCAAUGACACCAAAGACCAGCCCUCAGCACCUCCUGCCACAGAGGCCAAGCCCUCUGAGGCUGAGCCAACACCAGUCGCAGAUUCAGAUGCUAUGGCAGUCGACCAACCCGAAAGCCCUCCCUCUCUCACAGGUGCCCUCGAGGCCGCUAUAGGUGGUCUAAACCCAACUCCUGCUGCGCAACCAGCUCCUACAGAGAACACCGAGACCGUGCCGCUUCAGAACGAUCAGGGCGACAACCCCGAAUGGGAAGUCGACUCUUCUCCAUACGAAUCAUCCUCGGAAUCAAGCAGCUCUGAUUCUUCCGACGGAGACUCCGAUGACAACGAAGGUUACGAACUUUUGGGCGUGGAAGAGACUGCGCGCCUGCUCAUGCAGGCUGAAGGAGGAUCCGAUGAUGAGGGCGAUCGAGGAGCUACUGGUUCAAGAUCCACCCAGGUCCGAACAAAGAAUGAGAUUCCUGAAGAAGUAAUUCCCAAGCCUGAUGUUACAGUUACACCUGAGAUGAAGAUUGAAGAAUUGGGAGCUAUCGAGCACAUUGUGGAGAACAUCAUGCUGAUCAAAGCAUUCACACCUGGCGAGUACCAGGUUCUUGAUUCCGGAUCCGUGCUCUGCACAGCUGAGCGAGUCGUCAUCGGUGCGAUUGCGGAGACGAUCGGAAAGGUUCUGCAGCCCAUGUAUACCGUGCGCUUCACAUCAGACCAGGAUAUCAAAGAUUUAGGACUCGAGGUUGGCCAAACAGUGUUCUACCCUGCCGACCACGCCUCAUAUGUCUUUACCGAGCCAUUGAAGAACAUGAAGGGCUCAGACGCCAGUAACCUUCACGAUGAGGAAGUCGGCGAUGACGAGAUGGAGUUCUCAGACGAUGAAAAGGAGGCCGAGUAUAAGCGAGCGAUCAAGCAAAAGAAGAAGGAUAAGUGGAAGAAGGACCCCGCCAGGGGAGGCAAGGAGCCUCAUCCUCUGCGACAAGAGUCACGACCGGACGGAGGUCUUAACUACGACGACGACGAUGACGGCCCCUACAAGCCUCUAGCACGACCACCAGGUUAUGGUUCCGGCCCCUCUACAACCGAGACAUACGAGCCUCCAUCAAGCAGAAACUUUCAACGAGGAGGACGCCGUGGCGAUUCUAGAGGGCGUGGAGGUCGUGGACGAGGUUCUGGACGAGGUGGAAGAGGUGGUUUCAACCAGCCUAGAGACGGUUACUCACAGCCUCCUCAGGGAGCUCCCCAGCAUGCCCAACAAGCUGCUCCUCCCGCUCCAUGGGCCGGCGCUCAACCUCCUGCUCAAGGCGCACCACCAGCAAUGCCCAACUUUGGCUUCCAACUCCCCGGCUGGCCUCAACCACCUGCACAAGGCAACGCUGCGGCUGUUCCACCACCUCCUCCUGGAUGGCCAGCUGCACCGGGCCAGCAGGGUGCGAACGGCGGAUCUUUCGUCAACCCGGCUUUCUUCGCUGCGUUGAUGUCAAGUAUGCAAGCGCAGCAGAACGGCCAGUCACCCUGGGGCCAACAGCAGCAGCCUCCUAAUAAUGGAAAUGGUCAGGGCCAGUAAACAAUCUGUAAACAAUAGGUGUUCGUAGGUCAUCAGUGGCGCUCAGGGUUUUUUUUAUAGGGGUAUAGACAAAGGGUAAAUCAACUCAUAUGUAAGAAAUUCAUGAUAUAAUUACAAUCUUCUGGACUUAACGGUGAGCACUCUGCC